AUGGCAAUCUCAAUCGAAGCUACCAUUGCGAUAGUCACCCUUCUCAUCAUGUGCGUCCCUGGCGGAUUUUGGAUUGUUUAUCGAAUAAGUUGGCUGCGGCCCAGACCGCAGCGCGAGAUAGAUGAAGAGAUAGCUUUGACAUAUCAAAGACAGCCUAUCUCCAACAACCCAAGUCCCACACCAACAUGGCCCGUCAUGGUUGAUGCUCCCUUCGGCAGGCUCUUUGACAUGAACGGACAGUUGCCUGUUGCAAUGAUAUCUCUAGAAGUAAAUUUCCUAUUGUCAUCGACUACUGUAUAA